AUGGCCAGCCUGUGGACCUUCACCCUCCUCUGUGGCUUACUGACAGACACCUUGGUCCAAGCUACCCUCAGCCCCCCUGUGCUUCUCAACCUUGGCCCAGAAGUCAUCAAGGAAAAGCUAACACAGGAGCUACAGGACCAUGGUGCCACCGCCAUCCUCCAGCAGCUGCCACUGCUCAGGGCCAUGAAGGAGAAGCCAGCCAGUGGCAUCCCCCUGCUGGGAAGCCUGGUGGACACUGUCCUGAGUAAGAUCAUCUGGCUGAAAGUCACCUCAGCUAACAUUCUCCAGAUGCAGGUACAAGCCUCAGCUGCCAACCAGGAGCUAAUGGUCAAUAUUCCCCUGGACAUGGUGGCCGGAUUCAACACGCCCCUGGUCAAGACCAUUGUGAAGCUGCAGAUGCAGACGGAGAUCCAAGCCGUCAUCCGAGUGGAGACCAGCAAGGAAGGCCCCACCCGCCACAUCCUGAGCAACUGCUCUACAAGCCCUGGGAGCCUGCGCCUGACCCUGCUAUACAAGCUCUCCAUCUUGGUCAACAUCUUAGCAGACAAGGUCAUAGAGCUCCUGGCGCCAGCCCUUCCCCAACUGGUGAAAAACGAGCUGUGUCCCGUGAUCGAACUGGCCUUCAAUGACAUGUACGCAGACCUCCUGAAGAUGGUAAAGGUGCCCAUUUCUCUCAGCCCUGACCGCCUGGAGUUUGACCUUCUGUCUCCUGCUAUCAAGGACAAUGCCAUUCAGUUCAACCUGGUGGCCAAGCUGCUGGACUCAAAGGGAACGGUAAACAAGUAUUUCAAUAACUCUGUGGCUUCCCUGACGAUACCCACCCUGGGCAGCACCCCGUUCAGCCUCAUCGUUAGACAGGAUGUUGUGAAUGCUGUGGUAGCUGCCUUGGUCCCUCCAGAAGAAAUCAUAAUCCUAUUGGACUAUGUGCUUCCUGAACUGGCCCGUGAGCUGAAGGCAAGAAUCAGGGUGAUCAAUGAAAAGGCUGCAGAUCAACUGGGACCCACUCAGAUUGUGAAGAUUCGAACUCAGGAAACCCCUAAGCUCCUGCUGAGCCAAGAUAGUGCCACGGUGGCCCAACUGAUUGUGCUGGAAGUGUUCGCCACCAAUGAAGCCCUCCACCCCUUUUUCACCUUGGGCAUCGAAGCCAGUUCAGAAGCUCAGUUUUACACCAAAGGUGACCUACUUAUGCUCAACUUCAAUAACCUCAGGUGUAAUCGGAUCCAACUGAUGAAUUGGGCUAUUGGCUGGUUCAAACCUGAACCUCUGACAAACAUCAUCACCGAGAUCCUUCUCUCCACCCUGCUGCCAAACCAGAAUGGCAAAUUAAGACCUGGGGUCCCAGUGUCAAUAGUGAAGGACUUGGGAUUCGAGGCAGCUUCAUGCUCCCUGAUCAAGAAUGCCCUUGUGGUCACCCCAGCCUCCUCGCAGAUGCUCGACUCCCCUCUCUCCCAGUGA